AUGGUGAUGGCAAGUCUUUGCCGACCACCGCACAUAGUCUAUUAUCUUCUGCUGCGAGAAAGCAAUGAUGUUACAAAUGUAGAUGCAGAUAUCAAAUUGAAGGGAAACAACUUUCAGAAUGAACUUACGAGUGGAAAAGGAAGCACAACCAUGAAAAACACAAGCAAGAACAACAUAGAUAGUCCUAGUUCAAUUGACAAUUUUGGUUUUCUAAAAGACAACAAAAGAGGAAUUGGAGGUUGUUUUGAUAGUUGGGCAGAUGGAUUAGAACUUAAAGCUCGUAUCAACAAGCUUAGGAAAGAAAUUGAUGACCUAAAGGCGGCUAAAUUUGCUCGGAAGAAGCUAAAAAACAAUCUCAUGGUAAUGGUGAAAAUUUCUGCUUGCUUAGCCAUUAUAAGUGGAUACUGGAUAUGGGAUAAGCUAACAAACUGCAAACCAUCGCAUAGGCUUGUAAGAAUUAUUCAUGGAGAAGGCCAGAAGGGUCUUGCAAGGCUAUUCCUCGUAUCAGUAGAAUCACACGUCAAGAAAAUCGAUUCAAGAUACUCAACAAUGGCUGAACCAUCUAAUACCACCUUUGAAGAAAGAGAAGAAUUCAUGGUUUCACUUAACGGUGAUAGUAAGCCAACUUUAAGAACAGCCCAUUUCUUGAAACCCACUACAACCUCCAUGGAUGAAACUGAGCUUCCUUUAGUCUAUUCUAUCUCUCCACUGCCAUCAUGUAAGAACUGGUCAUUGAAGGUUAGGUUCACUGCUUGGAGACACCGGUUGAAUGAUUGGAAUGCUCGGGUAACGCGGAAACUGAUGGAUGCUAGAUUGGAAAUAAGCUGGAGUAGAGUUAUCAAGGUCUGUCAGUGGGCAUGGAUGAAGAAGUUCAUUAAUAGUGGGAGUGAAAUCGAACAGGAGGCAUUUCUUGCACUGUGGUUAUCAAGAUGUGCGUUCCAAAAUCCGUCUCAGGUAAUAAAGAAAGAGGUCCUCACUAUAGCAACCCGUCGAGCUAGAGGGAACUCAAUAGCUCUUGCACCUGCAGUUCGCGCGAGUAUUUACAGGGAUUUGAAUGAGCUGAAAAGGGCCAUUGUUGCGGAUAAUAAUGAAUCUAUACUGGAACUUUUCUCGCCAUUGCAGUUAGUGCAACUUUGGGCAUGGGAGAGAUUUCCAGUCUUGCUGCCAAAGCCAAGCAUGCUGACAUGGUGA